CCUCCUCCAGACGCUGACUUUCAUAAACAUUCACCGCGAAGUGCGAUAGCAGAGAGGCGGACGGCGAGUCCGGUGGCGCUGCGGCUUUUCACUUCCACGGCUAGAUCCACUGCAGGGCCGCACACUUAAUCCUCCUCUGCCGCUGGAAAGAACUUUGGCACAAAGCAGGAUUUUCCUUAUUUCCGUAAAAACUACGGCAAACACAAACGGCGGAAAAUGUCGGCGGCGAUCCUGUCCAUGUUACAUGACAUUGACUUUCUGUUUACGCAAGAAAAGCGGCUGAAUGUGGCGAAGAUGCCCCUGGGUCUGGCUGACAGGAAGGCGGUGGGGGCUCCGCUCAGCGGCUCCAGCUGCACCAACCGCUGCUACUCCCGCAGCCAGUCGAGCAGCGGCAACUUCGCCGGCUGUCCGGGCUUCCCGUUCUCCGAGGAGCCGCUGGCCGUCAUGAACAAGGAGAACGCCGUCCUCCUGCAGGAGGUGCUGCAGCAGCGGGCCGGCGCGCAGGCCAACUCAGCUCGGUACAAGACGGAGCUGUGCAGACCCUUCGAGGAGAGCGGCGUCUGCAAGUACGGCGACAAGUGCCAGUUCGCGCACGGCUGCGGCGAGCUGCGCAACACGUUCCGGCACCCCAAGUACAAGACUGAGCCGUGCCGCACCUUCCACACCAUCGGCUACUGCCCCUACGGACCGCGCUGCCACUUCAUCCACAACGCCGACGAGCGCCGGCUGCCCUCCCCGGGGGAGACUGCGGCGCCCCGCGAGCGCUGCGCCUUCGGGCCCGGGGAAGCGGGCGAGCGGGACCGGCCGGCUCUGUACCACAGCGUCAGCUUCGCCGGCUUCUCCGGCCGUGGGAGCCCGGUAUCCCGCCUGCCCCCGCCGCCGUCUUCCUGCCCCUUCGGUCUGUACGACGAUGGGCUGCCCCCCGGCCUCUCCUUCCCCGGACGGUCCCUCGAAGCGCUACUCGCCCCCCUGCGUUCCGGCCACACUGAUCCGUCCUCCGACUGCUUCUUCGGCACUCAGCUGAGCCCCCCGUCUCCCCCAUACCCGAGCCGGCGCCGCCGUUCCCCGUCGCCGGUCUUCGAGCGUGCGCCCAGCCCCCCCGACUCCAUCUCUGACCGGGACAGCUACGCCAGCGGCUCCGACUCCCCGACCCCGGAGGCGGGGAAACGCCUGCCAAUCUUCAGCCGCCUCUCCAUCUCCGACGACUGAAAAGGAGCCGAAGGGGGUCCGAUGGAGACGCGCAUUAUUGUAGGACUUUAUGAUGUGGCGUCGCGUUGUUUGAUGUCGCCUCGGAGGCGCAAAAUCACGGGCUUCCACACCUGCUGCGCUGCACCUUGAAGGAAAACUGAAACUAAAGACUGUGGUCCUUUUGAGAGCCCGAGGCGGGUCUCGCCUUCCCAGACCGUGAGGUCGCUGUGCCAAAACCGGCGGUGCGCAGUGAUGCGGGGCCGCGGUCGCCGGCUCCCGGCGCGCACCGCCGCCUCCCCGCCGUAAGCACUCUGCUUCGGGAGUUGCUGCAGAGCUUUUUUAGCUGUUGGCAACAUAGCAUCCAGCAACUUGCUAUGAAUUAUUUAACUUAUUUAUUAUCCUGAACAGUAUAGGCUACGUUUUUUUGCUAUAUUUAUCAGUGGAUGAAGCCAAAGAUCAUUAAAUUAUGGCCUUUCUUGUGCAUAAAGUGGAGCGUCGUUACAGUAAUAUAUUCUGCUUUACUUUUGUUGUGGGUAAAGAGAUAAUUUAAUAUUUAUUUAGUUUUUGUUUACAUUUCUAUAUUGUUUUGUGUGUGUGUAGGUCUCAUUGUAGCAGAGAAUUCUUAAUACGUGUCCGCAAGUCGUCCGAAAGUGAUAUGUUGAGGAUUAUAUAUAUUUUUUUAAUUGUUACGAUGAUAAUCUGGGACGGAUCCCCGUGGGACUGUCUCCACGCAGGAUCGCACUGUGACGCCGCCAGCGAAUGUAGCAGCCCAGCUCGUGCCUUAAGACUAACCCGAGUGUUUCUGUUUCAUACACGCGCCUUCCCCCCUCCCCUGAAUGUAACGUUGGGUUUGUAUUGAAUACACGGUAUUUUGAAGCCUUUUUGUAACUUUCCUAAAUGCUUUUUUUAUCACUUGUCACAAGUGUACUGGAUAAGAUUGGAUUUAAUGCGUAAUAAGUGUUGGUAUGAUUACUAUUGACUUUUUUUUUUUUGAAUGUAUCUUAAGGGGGAGGGUUGAUGGUUUAAUAUGCAGGGAGACUUCACUACAAAUUGACCAAAGACAUUUAUUUUUCUCUCGGUUUCUCCCAAUAAAAACUUUGUCCGCA